UGAGUUUGCUGAGGCUUCGCUAUUCCACCGAUCGGUUAAAUUUUGUUCGUCGUCGUUGCUUUGCUCGAUCGCCAGCCAUGGGGGCCGCCAUGUCCGGCCACUUCUCCCACCCCGACCACCACGCGCCCUUCAAGCGCGUGCACGACGACUUCACAAAUUCCCGGUGUGGGAUGUGCCAGCUCAAAUUCGUGUUCGGCGCGGCAGCCUACCGCUGCUCGGAGCCCGGGUGCCCAUUCCUCCUCCACGACGCGUGCUACCGACGCCCGGUGACGAUCAGGCGCCACUUUGGGCACCCGCAGCACCGCCUCGCCCUCGGCCUCACCCCCACCUCCCGGAGCGACCGGCGGCCGUGCAGCCUCUGUGCCCAGGGGCUCGACGCGCCGGCCUUCGCGUACAGCUGCACCGACCGCGGGUGUGUCGCCGGCGGCUUCCGCGCGCACCCGCGCUGCUGCAACCUCCCGCGGGACAUCAGCACGCCGCUGCACUCGCACAGGCGCCUCGUCCUGCGCCCGCCGUCGGGUGGGAACAACAGCAACGGGCAGCAACAUCCACGCAGUUGCGUCAAGUGCCGGAAGACCACGACCGGGCGGACAGCGGCGUGGUCGUACCAGUGCCCCAAGUGCGACGACGUGGAGCUCUGCCUCGCGUGCCUGCUCGGCAAAGACGGCCGCGACGUCGUCCUUGUAGCCGUGCACUAUCUAGGGCGUGUGGCGGGGGCGUUAUUCUGUGGGUUCGUGUCAGGUAUGGGAUGCCCUGGUUUCACAAUUCAGUCGUACCCCGGCGACAUGGAAAUUACGAGAUACCAAAAGUGAUCGAAAACUAGCAAACUGAGCUGCAAAAACAAUUGGAAUAUUGGCUGGGUGUAGAUUACGAAAGGUGUGUUAUCUUAAAUUCAUGUGGCUAAUUAAUAACCAUGCGAAACAUUUGACCUUUGGGGGA